UUUUAUCUCUGUUGUACAACAAGUCUCGUAACUGCAGUUUGUGAUCAUACACGAAUCAGACCGGUCAUCCAAAAAGAUGGCGGAGUUCGAUGUAAGACCCGAUAAUCACCUCGGUCACAUAAUUUUGGAAUCGAUGCGAAAAUAUUCUGAUUACAUACACCAGAUAGAUGCAGCUACAGGUGAAGAAGAAACAUAUGCAUCAGUUCUGGAUCGAUCUGUGAAGUUAGCAAGAUAUUUACGAAAUAGUGGCUUAUUACCUGGAGAUGUUCUGGCUAUUGGUGGACGGAAUCAUGUAGACUUAUACAUACCGUUCUACAGCGCGUUGUUUAAUGGACAUACGAUCAUUGGUGUUGAUCCUAAUUAUAAAAAUAGUGAAAUCAAAAAGCUAUUUGAAAUGACGUCGCCAAAAGUAAUAUUUUGUGAUGAGAGCAUGUAUGAGACGUACAAUGAAGUUUCUAUGGACUUAGGACUCGACACGAAGAUAGUUACGUUUGGAUGUAAUUUAGGAUCUAUGAGGCAGCUUUUAAGAGACUUCAACUGCAUAAAAGAAGACGAAUUUAAAGCUGCUGAAGUCGAUAUUGAAAAUGUUUACCCAUUUUUUAUUACGACAAGUGGUACUACAGGAAAUAUAAAAAUAGCCGCAUUCAAAUACAAAGCUCUGAUAGAAAAAAUGGUCUACUUCUCAAAAUCAUCGAAUAUAUCUCUACAUCAGAAAUAUUUGCAACUUUCUCCGAUAAACUGGGUUUCCUCGUUCUACCUUGCUACAGCCAAUCCGAUGAUGGGACAUUGUAAUAUACAGACAUCGCUUCCAGACAAUAUAGAGAUUAUUAUACACAUGAUUAACAAAUAUAAGCCAGUUCAAUGUCUAGUAGGCCCGUCAUUAAUGUCGGAUUUAUUGCAACACAAAGAUGAAGUAGACUUAAGCUGUUUCAAUGCAGUUUUCUUUACUGGAUCUAAAAUAUAUCCCGAUGUUAUGGAUAAAUUUCAGGCAUGUCUACGAAGAGGUGCAAUUGCGUUAGAAGCGUAUGGUCAGACGGAAACUAUAGGUCCUGUCAUCAUGUCGAUGCCAGGUAUGCCUCGGGGAAGUUGUGGAAAAGGCUUCCACAUGUAUUCUUUGAAAAUGCUAGAUACAGAAACAGGAGAUGAAAUUUCUGAAGUUGGUAAAGCCGGAGAGUUGUGUGCUAAGGGGCCAUCUUUUACGGAAUAUUGGAAUGACCCCGAGGAGACCGCGAAUCGUUUUACAUCAGAUGGAUAUGUCAGAACAGGAGAUCUGUUGUAUAGAGACGAAGCUGGAUUUUAUUACUUUGUUGAGAGGAUUAAAACACUUAUAAAAUGGAAAAACUUUCACGUGUUACCCUGUGAAGUGGAAGACCUUAUUCGCACUCAUACUGGUGUGGAUGAUGUAUGUGUACUUGGGAUAAAAGAUCCUGAAGAUGGUGAACUUCCAACAGCCUGUGUUAUUAGAAAAUAUGGAGCAAAUGUAACUGCUCUAGAUAUCAAGGAGCUUGUUGCGAGUAAAUUAUCAAAUCAAAAUCAGCUACGUGGUGGAGUACUAUUUCUGCAAGAAUUUCCGACCACAUCUACUAAGAAGAUAGCUCGAAAGAAACUACUGGAAAUUGUACUGAAUUCCAAAAGGGAAUAAAAUAAUAUGAGGGUAUUAGAAUGCAAAAUAUUAUAAAUGAAUGAUGAAUAAGAACCGUAUACAAACUUUAACCUAAAUUCAAGUUUGACAAUUAUAAUAUAAUAUAGGAAUUAAAUGACUUACCGCUUGUUGCAGAAAUUAUCCCUAAAGUUAAUGUGUUACUAUCGACCGUUUUCAAUAGCCUAUCUACCCUUAGUUUAACUAA